AUGGCCGGAGUUGCCCUUCUUCAACCACAAGAUGUUCUCAAACAUCAUGUAAGCUAUCGUCAACCUAUGAGAUCUCGACGGAAUUCCACUUCUAACCCUCUACCAAAUCCUAACCCUAACCCUAAGAAUAACCGAAGAAAGCGAAGUCCACAAAAAAAUGGAUCUGCUAACUUUUCAACUUGUCCUCCUAGUGCUAAAAAUCUCCAUCUGGUGAUGGGAGAGGUGAAAAUUCUGAAGCGUGGUCAAGUGUUGAAGGAAAACAAGCUUGUCACUGGUGAAGAUCUGGUGUUGUCCACUUCAGAUCGGCUGGGUCCAGAGCCGGAUAUGGUGCCUAAGAACAUAACGAUUGCUCAUUUCUAUGCUGGAUCGGGUUUCUCCUCCUCCUCGCCGCCACCGAGCUCUUUGCCUGUGCCGGCUUUCUUCAAGAAGGAAAGUGAACAUAACCUCCACGCUACAAGCGACUUGAGGCGUCUUCUCAGGAUCGAUCUGGCCGACUAA